UACCAUUGCAUUGUUUUAUUUUCGUAUAUACCCGAAUCACGCUCUUGUCUUCCAUCCUUCUUAUUUAAUAUAUGUUGGGACUCUGCGCAUCCGACAAUAUAUAUAUAUAUAUAUAUAUUUAUCUAUCUAGUGUAUGUAUGUGAGUGCGCGCGUUGUUCUCGUCGUCUUGCUGUAGCUAGUUGCAGUCCUCGUGGCUAUUCCGUUCGCGAUCAGUAGAACCUACUGCAGUUUGGAAGUCGGUGUGCGAUAGUUCGUUUCAAAUCUCAGCUUCUCGGUGGUAAUUCAGUUGAUUGGGCUUAGGAAGAAGUAUUGGUCAGACUUUCGUAGGUACAUAUUGAAUGGAGGGGGAAGAGGAUAGGCGGAUGAAGAAAAUAACGAUAGGAGUGUGUGCAUUAGAAAAGAAGGCUUCUUCGGCACCAAUGUUCCAGAUUUUGGAAAGACUGCAGGCGUUUGGAGAAUUUGAGAUAGUGCAUUUUGGGGACAAGGUAAUCCUAGAAGAGCCUGUUGAGAGGUGGCCUAUAUGUAAAUGCCUGAUCGCUUUCUAUUCAACUGGCUAUCCUCUGCAGAAGGCUGAAGCAUAUGCUGCACUACGAAAGCCCUUUCUGGUCAAUGCGCUGGGACAGCAACAUCUUCUUCAUGAUAGAACAAAAGUGUAUGAGCGACUUAAAAUGUAUGAAGUCCCCAUCCCAAGAUAUGCUCUAGUUAAUCGGCAGUUUCCAAAUCAAGAUUUGGAUUAUUUGGUUGAGGAGGAAGAUUUUGUGGAGGUCCAUGGAAAUCGGUUUUGGAAGCCUUUUGUUGAGAAACCUGUUGAUGGUGAUGACCACAGCAUAAUGAUAUAUUACCCUAGUUCAGCUGGAGGGGGAAUGAAGGAGUUGUUUCGAAAGAUUGGUAAUCGCUCUAGUAAGUUCCAUCCAGAGGUUAGAAGGGUAAGACGUGAAGGAUCUUACAUAUAUGAGGAAUUUAUGCCUACUGGAGGGACCGAUGUAAAGGUAUAUACAGUGGGCCCUGAAUAUGCACAUGCUGAGGCAAGGAAGUCUCCUGUGGUUGAUGGUGUUGUUAUGAGAAAUCCUGAUGGCAAAGAAGUCAGGUAUCCUGUUUUGCUUACUCCUGCAGAGAAGCAAAUAGCAAGAGAGGUUUGCCUUGCAUUCAGUCAAGGUGUUUGUGGAUUUGAUCUUUUGCGUUGUGAGGGGCGAUCAUAUGUUUGUGAUGUCAAUGGAUGGAGCUUCGUCAAGAACUCCCACAAAUAUUAUGAUGAUGCUGCUUGUGUGUUGAGGAAGAUGUUUCUUGAUGCAAUUGCUCCACAUAUUUCUUCAGCAAUUCCUCCUACACUACCAUGGAUGGUCAAUGAGCCAGUUCAACCAUCUGAAGGAUUAACACAUCAAAGCCGCAGUAUAAUUGGGGCAUCUGGGCAAUCUGAAGAGCUGCGCUGUGUGAUUGCCAUUAUCCGUCAUGGUGACAGAACUCCAAAGCAGAAAGUGAAGCUGAAAGUUACUGAGGAAAAGCUUUUAAAUUUGAUGUUACAGUACAAUGGGGGAAGACCUAGAGCAGAGACAAAGCUGAAAAGUGCAGUUCAGUUGCAAGACCUUUUGGAUGCUACACGGACUUUAGUACGUCGUAAUAGACCUGGUCGUGGAAGUGAUAGUGAAGCAGAAGAAUUUGAGCAUGCAGAAAAGCUUCGCCAAGUGAAAGCUGUGCUAGAGGAGGGAGGGCAUUUUUCCGGAAUAUAUAGAAAGGUUCAACUUAAACCAUUAAAAUGGGUGAAAGUGUCAAAAGAAAAUGGUGAAGAAGUGGAACGACCGACUGAGGCUCUAAUGGUUCUGAAAUAUGGUGGAGUUCUUACUCAUGCUGGCAGAAAGCAGGCUGAAGAAUUGGGAAGGUACUUCCGCUACCAUAUGUAUCCAGGAGAAGGUACUGGCUUGCUUCGUCUCCAUAGUACAUAUCGGCAUGACUUGAAAAUAUACAGCUCAGAUGAAGGCCGUGUGCAGAUGUCAGCGGCAGCUUUUGCCAAAGGACUCCUUGACUUGGAAGGAGAAUUAACACCUAUUUUGGUUUCACUUGUCAGCAAGGACUCCUCAAUGUUGGAUGGACUUGAAAAUGCCAGUAUUGAGAUAAAAGAAGCUAAGGUAAAGCUAAAUGAGAUAAUAACAUCUGGGGCAAAAGCUGACCAAAACAGUAAGGCACCUGAGAAACCUUGGAUGGUUGAUGGUGCAGGAGUUACUUCAAAUGCCUCUGAGCUUUUACCCAAAUUGUUUGAAUUAACAAAGAAAGUUACCGAACAAGUACGACUUCUAGCCAAGGAUGAAGAUGAGGAGCUUGCAGAGAGGAGUUCAUUUGAUGUAGUUACUCCAUAUGAUCAAGCUAAGGCUCUUGGCAAGACAAAUAUAGACGCGAACCAGAUUGCUGCAGGUUUACCUUGUGGUAAUGAGGGAUUUUUACUCAUGUUUGCUCGCUGGAGAAAACUUGAGAGGGAUUUGUACAAUGAACGAAAAGGGAGGUAUGAUAUAACACAAAUCCCUGAUGUUUAUGACUCCUGCAAAUACGAUCUCUUGCACAAUGCACAUUUAAAUCUUGAAGGAUUGGAUGAACUAUUCAAAGUUGCACAGUUACUUGCAGACGGUGUUAUUCCAAACGAGUACGGUAUCAAUCCUAGGCAAAAACUAGCGAUUGGAUCAAAGAUUGCUCGCCGCUUGUUGGGGAAGAUCUUGAUUGAUCUGAGAAAUACACGCGAAGAAGCAAUCAAUGUUGCAGAACUCAAGACUAAUCAGAGCAGCAAUUCAGUAGUCUCUAGUCAUGGUAAAGACGAUGCAAAUCAACACUACAAAGCUCACAGCAAAAUUGACAACACAAGAAGAGCUAGCUUUACCAGUGACAAGUCUAUGGAUCAAGAGGAUGAUGAUGACGGAGAAAUAAAAUAUCGACUGGACCCAAAAUAUGCAAAUGUGAAAACCCCGAGGCGUCAUGUGCGAACCCGGCUAUAUUUCACAUCCGAAUCCCAUAUCCACUCACUGAUGAAUGUACUUCGUUAUUGCAAUCUAGAUGAAAGUCUUCAAGGAGAACCAAGCCUCUUUAAAAAUAUUGCUUUGGAGCGCUUGUAUAGGACAAAGGAGCUCGACUACAUGAGUUACAUCGUACUGAGAUUGUUUGAAAACACAGAGGUGGCUUUAGAAGAUCCAAAGAGAUUCCGUUUGGAGAUGACUUUUAGCAGAGGCGCAGAUUUAUCCCCUCUGGAGAAGAGAAACGACAGCGAGGCAGCUUCAUUCCACCAGGAGCAUACAUUGCCAAUAAUGGGCCCCGAGAGACUACAGGAAGUAGGAUCUUGUUUAACACUAGAGAUGAUGGAGAAGAUGAUCCGGCCAUUCGCAAUGCCAGCUGAAGACUUUCCACCAUCGAUCCCUCAUGGAUUCUCGGGCUACUUCUCCAAAAGCGCAGCAGUUCUCGAACGCCUGGCCAAUCUCUGGCCCUUCCACAAGCAUGGGAACAAUACAAACAAUGGUAACAAAGUCGAGAAACCGAAGGAGCAUCGGCAACCAUUGCAGGAAUAUUACUAAUAUGAAGCUGAAAAAGCCUUUGAACACUGCUGGCCCCUUCCAUAAUUGUUCUUUCCAGGUUUGCAUAUGCAUUUUAAUUUAAAUGACUUGCGAAUUUGGUGAUCCUUACUAUAUUAAUGUCUUCCAUUUACUUUUA